UUUAAGAGCACUAGGAAGGGCUGGGCUUGAACACGCUCAUUGAGUACAGCGCUACAGCCAGAGCACCCGGAUGUGAGCUACAGCGAUAGCAGCCGAGAAUCAAAGAUGCAGACUAUAAAAUGUGUGGUGGUGGGGGACGGUGCGGUGGGAAAGACCUGUUUAUUGAUCUCCUACACAACCAACAAGUUCCCUUCAGAAUAUGUGCCUACGGUAUUUGAUAACUAUGCAGUCACUGUGAUGAUUGGAGGAGAGCCAUACACACUUGGACUUUUUGACACAGCAGGUCAAGAGGAUUAUGACAGGCUACGGCCGCUGAGUUACCCUCAGACAGACGUUUUUCUUGUGUGCUUCUCCGUUGUCUCACCUUCCUCUUUUGAGAAUGUCAGAGAAAAGUGGGUACCAGAGAUCUCCCACCACUGUCCUCGAACUCCAUUCCUGCUGGUUGGUACUCAGGUGGACUUGAGAGAUGACAGUAACACAGUGGAGAAACUCGCUAAGAACAAACAGCGCCCACUGUCGCCCGAGAGUGGAGAUAAACUGGCCAGAGACCUCCGAGCAGUGAAAUAUGUGGAGUGUUCUGCUCUUACACAGAGAGGAUUAAAGAAUGUCUUUGAUGAAGCCAUCUUGGCUGCCUUGGAGCCUCCUGAGACCAAACCCAAGAAACGCUGCAUUCUCUUAUAAAAGAAAUUUGGGGAGAAAAAUGUGAGGCAUUCAGACAGUGCCUUUAGUUUUACAAAAUUAAGAGUGGUUUGUGUGGUAAUAUGCUGACAUCUCUCUUCCUGACUAAUGACCACAAAAAAAUUAAUGCCUUCAAACCAUGGAAAUGGAUGACUGGCAUGCUUUUUUUUUCUUUCUUGUUAUUUGGUUUAACAAGUUUGCCAUUACUUAAACAUACAACCACUUAAAUGUGUUUUUCUCUUCCCUUUUGACUUUGUUUAGCCUUAGCAGUCUUUAAAAGAAAAAAAAGAGAGCGAGAAGACGACCAUGCUAAAGUGAUCACUUGUUUUCCUCCUUUCAUUCCUUUGCAUUGAGGCAAUUGGAACUCCAAGUGUUUCUUACCACCUCUGCCCUCUGCAGGACUUAAACUGAUUUUUAUUUUUAUUUUUUUUUAAUGAUUGUGGCGUAUUAAUAAUGACACAAGUAUUGUAUGAUUUAUCAUUUUUAUUUUGGUGAAUGGGUGUAUAACAGUUAGGACUUGGAGAUUUUAGUAAAAAAUUUUAAUAUUGUUUGA